AUGCGCCUUUUGAGAGUAUUAAUAGUCGUCACACAAAUAUCGACGUUGCUAUGCUUUGAUAACUUCUUGAGAGUGCAACAAGCAUCCAAGGUAGCUAAGGGUGUGUUUGACACUUACUGGAAACUGUACAUAACAUGCAUUAUAACAUCGAUGCCGCAUGAAAGGUUUAUGUCGGACAACCUCCAUAGUUACAUUAAUGCGUUUUCCAAGACGACUGUGGGACACGCUCCACAGUUUACGGCUAAUCGAAAAUUCUUCGCUAACAUGAUAAGCACGCCUGCCUUUAAGAAGACACUGAUGAAAGAUAUCCGCGUUUUGCAAAACAAUUUACUGGAAAAGAUUAAGUUUUGUGACGAAUCGGUAGUGAAUCAAGAUAUUUUAAAACAAUUGUACGAUCGAGAAGUUGAUCAAACUAAGCUAUAAGCCGGUGACAAUAAUUAUUUAACUUAAGAUGUUUAUGUUGAAGUAGAAUUAUUUCCACGCAAUACUUUCUAAAUAUAAUCUGACUCAUAACAUAACCUGGCAGUUUUACAAUGUGUAUUUUUAUAGGU